AUGACGGACGACGCUCAGCGAGCAGCAAAGACUUUCAACCGUAUCCUCAACCAGCCGAAACUGAGUGGCACGGCUCCGAGGACGGACAAGCAGAUUGAAGAAGGUAUUAAGAAGCUCCGUCGGCUCAUCCUUGUCGAUGGCAUCCCUUACACAAUCGACCCAACACUACGUCCUCGAAUAUGGAAGAUUCUUCUAGGGGUAAAUAAUCUAUCGGCGGACAAGUAUCUUCGAUAUGUCGGUAAGGGGCCUUGUGAAUUCAAAGAGAAGAUCCGGAACGAUACCUUCAGAACGUUGGCAACUGAUCGUGGAUUCAAAGAACGCGUCCGAGAAGACAUGCUUGUACGCCUCCUCGAUGCCUUCGUCUGGAGGAACCACGAACGUCAAGAACUCGCCGAGGUUCAACGCAUCAUCCCUCAUCCCUUAUCAUUUACAUAUGUACAGGGCAUGAACGUUCUGGCUGCCCCAUUCUUAUACACGAUGCCUUCGGAACUAGACGCGUUCUUUUGCUUUGCGAGGUUCAUUGAGUACUCCUGUCCGCUUUAUGUGCAGCAGACGUUAGAGGGUGUACAUCGAGGGUUGAAGUUACUUGACAGAUGUCUAAAGAUCGUCGAUCCUGAGCUCUUUGACCAUCUGCGUUCGAAGAGACUCUCAGCAGAGAUAUACGCAUUUCCUUCUGUUAUGACCCUCUGCGCAUGUACACCUCCCCUAGACCAAGUCCUCCAACUAUGGGACUUCCUCCUCGCCUUCGGCGUACACCUUAACGUGCUCUGCGUCAUCGCGCAACUGCUUCUUAUUCGGGACGAGCUUAUGGUUAGCAAAAGUCCAAUGAAGCUCCUCCGUACACUCCCUCCUCUCGAAGCACAGUCUAUCAUUGGGAUAGCUGUAACGCUUGUACGCGACAUCCCUGCGGACUUGUAUGAUGAACUUGCGCGGCAUCCGUAUGAAGUCCGAUAGAACGAACCAAGGACGGACACUAGAUGUAGAGCUUCAGGGGAGAUGUGAGAAGUUACGACGUUACGACCUAUACGACCUAUCAUGACUAUUGGAACUGGACUUUUUAUUUGCAGUACGCACGAUUCGAGGUUCGAAUUAAUUGAUGGUUUUUGUGUUUAGAGAAUUUUUUUUUUCGUCGUGCUAUCUCCUUCCAUUUUCUGUUUUGGCUUUAGUUCCGGUUUGAUUUUUUUUUCUUUUGCCAUUUUUUCGCUUCUUCUAUUUCGAUUCCUUUCGAUUUGUAUCCAGUUGAUUUGUAUUUUACUUGGCUGUCUAUUUGUUAUUUAACGGGAUUCAU